AUGUCUAAAUUCGGUUCAGUGAAGUAUAUCCUUUUUGUCAACCCGGAACAACAAGAUUCUAUUAAUAGCCCGAAUAAAAAGUACAGUCGAGUACCUGUACAAAUAAGUACAUUGGCAGGAAUAGAAAAUAGGACAAUAACAGUAAUAAUAAAGUACAAGCAAGAAAAUCACAAUCAUAAACAAAUGUAA